GUAUGUUCCGCUUCACGAUCCGUACUGAUGAUCAUUUCCUUCUCAGAGCUUGAGUUGGGGUUAUUGUCGUUUGGUGUGUUUAUUUUUUUACGUACUUUGCUUUGUUUUUUUCGUGAUUAAUUCCACAUCGGCAAGAAAGGUAGUAACUUGACUGAAUUUGGUGGUUAAUUGUCGGUGUAUGCCUCGGCGACUGACCGUUUCAGGCUGGGUGGUGACAGAAUUACAAUGAUCGAGCGACCGGAGACCGUUCCUAGCAUUGCUCAGCGCAAUCUGGAGGGCUAUGUCGGCUUUGCCAAUCUCCCCAACCAGGUGUAUCGGAAGUCGGUUAAAAGAGGCUUUGAGUUUACCUUGAUGGUGGUUGGCGAGUCGGGUCUGGGGAAAUCUACGCUUAUAAAUUCCCUCUUCCUGACGGAUCUUUACUCCAAGGACUACCCAGGACCGUCGCAGCGCAUCAAGAAGACCGUACAGGUGGAGCAGUCCAAGGUGCUCAUCAAAGAGGGGGGUGUCCAGCUGACUCUCACAAUUGUUGACACCCCAGGUUUUGGAGACGCGGUCGACAACAGUAACUGCUGGCAGCCAGUCAUCAACUACAUCGACAGCAAGUGCGAGGACUUCCUGAACGCGGAAUCCAGGGUGAACCGCAGAUCGAUGCCAGAUAAUAGAGUCCACUGCUGUCUGUAUUUCAUUGCGCCCUCGGGACACGGUCUGAAGCCACUUGACAUCGAGUUUAUGAAGAGGCUCCAUGACAAGGUCAACGUCAUUCCGCUUAUUGCCAAAGCCGACACGCUAACUCCGGAGGAAUGCCAGCUUUUCAAGAAACAGAUCAUGAAAGAGAUCCAGGAGCACAAGAUCAAAAUUUAUGAAUUCCCAGACACGCAUGACGACGAGGACAACAAGCUGAUCCGGAAGAUCAAGGAGAAGAUGCCCCUGGCUGUCGUUGGCAGCAACGUCGUCAUUGAGGUGAACGGCAAGAAGGUCAGAGGUCGCCAGUACCCGUGGGGCGUGGCUGAAGAGGGCAUAUUUGUGGAGAACGGCGAGCACUGCGACUUCACCGUGUUGCGCAACAUGCUGAUCAGGACGCACAUGCAGGACUUGAAGGACGUCACCAACAACGUCCACUAUGAAAACUACCGCAGCAAGAAACUGGCUGCCGUCACCUGUAACGGCGUGGACGCCACCAAGACCAAGGGACAACUCACCAAGAGUCCCCUGGCCCAGAUGGAGGAGGAGCGGAAGGAGCAUGUGAUGAAAAUGAAGAAGAUGGAGGCAGAAAUGGAGCAGGUCUUUGAAAUGAAGGUUAAGGAGAAGAAGCAGAAACUGAAGGAUUCCGAGGCUGAGCUGGAGCGCCGCCACCAGCAAAUGAAACGCAACCUGGAGGCGCAGUACAAAGAACUGGAGGAGAAGAGACGAGUGUUUGAGGACGAGAAAGCCAACUGGGAGGCUCAGCAGAGAAUCCUGGAGCAGCAGAAACUGGACGCCUCCAAGACGAUGGAGAAGAACAAGAAGAAAGGAAAGAUCUUCUAGAGUCAAUUUUCUCCUCUUCAGUUACUCUCACACGUAUGUAUACUGUAUAUACUGUACAUGCAGUAUAUACUGUAUACAGUACACAUAGAUAAUUUCUAUAACUUUGAUAUUUCUAAUGCAACUUCCCCUAAAGACGUACAAUAUCUCCUGCUGAUGCUCCUUAGCCUCUGGAUUUCCUCUCACGGCUUUCUCCUUACUACUCAUUGUACACCUGUCCUACCUAGUACACCUGUCCUACCUGGUGCACUACUCAUAUGUACACCUGUUCCAACCUUGUACACUACUCAAUGUACACCUGUCCUACCUGGUACACUACUCGUGUACACCUGUCCUACCUAGUACACCUGCCCUAUUUUGUACACUUCUCAUAUGUACACCUGUCCUCCCUGGUACAUCUGUACUACCUGUUACAUCUGUCCUACCUUGUACACUACCCAAUGUACACCUGUCCUACCUGGUACACCUGUCCUACCUUGUACACUACUGAGUGUACACCUGUCCUACCUGGUACACCUGUCCUACCUGGUACACCUGUCCUACCUGUUACAUUUGUCCUACCUGUUACAUCUGUCCUACCUUGUACACUACUCAAUGUACAUCUGUCCUACCUGGUACACCUGUCCUACCUGUUACAUCUGUCCUACCUUGUACACUACUCAAUGUACAUCUGUCCUACCUGGUACACCUGUCCUACCUGUUACAUCUGUCCUACCUUGUACACUACUCAAUGUACACCUGUCCUACCUGGUACACUACUCAUGUACACCUGUCCUACCUGGUACACUACUCAUGUACACCUGUCCUACCUGGUACACUACUCAACGUAGCACCACUCAAAUGCCACAAAUAACGGCAGACUAUGUUAGUGUUGGGAAGUAUCCUUUGGUAUCCUACCUAGUACAGCUGUCCUACCUGGUACAGUAUUCCUAUCCUAGUACUAUUGUGGUAGUACAGUAGAUAUUGGUGGUCGGGUGGCAAAUGAGAUUUCCUUUUGAGGGAAAAACAGUUUUUGGAGAAAAUAUGAAAUAUAUUUUUGGAGCACCAAUCUGUGACUUUGGGAGAAAGCUGGGAGAGUACGUUGGUAUAUGAAAGUGAAAGUGAAAGCCCUCCCCCUCCCACUCCCCCCUUCCAUGAAAGCUGUUUUCUUUCAUGCAUUUUUGGACGUACCUUUUGAUAUGUAUAUUCCUUUCUCAUUGCUCUUAAGUAUUCCAUGUCUACUUGUACGUUGGCGAUAUUAAAAGUUGACACGGUUACACUUACAAA